AUGUCCCUUACUGCAGCAGAGAAUAGUGGUGCUCGAGUUGUUGAUACCGAGCCGAAUGAGGUUGAGGCUCGUCGUUGCCAGGUCUGUGGGCACCAGGUGCCGCUCUCUAACUGGACACUUCACGAAGUUCGCUGCGCCCGUGGUGCCUGUACCUGUGAGCACUGCGGCUCCCGGAUGCACGAAUCAGAACUGGACGCACACUGGAAGACCGAGUGUCCCUGCACCUUAGUGGAUUGCGUGUACUGUGAGCUACCGGUCAAGAGGAGCGACAUGGAAGGCCACGUGCGCCGCUGUGGCGCACGUACCGAACGCUGUAAGGCCUGCGGCGACUACAUUCGUUUAAUUGAUCGGCUUGAGCACGAGUUGUAUAUCUGCUCGGCGUCAAGAGCGCAUAACGGUGAAAGCGAUGCGUCGCACCCUGCGAAGGAGUCUGUCCACGCGUGCGCAGCCUCGCUCCCGGAGAGCGCCCCGGACACGGUGACUUCGACAACCCCAGCCAGGCGACCGCAGACAGCGCGAGGGCGCUCGGGAGUACCCUCCAGAAAGCUCUCCGCAAGCAAACCUUGGCUGCUAACCAUGGGAGCAAUUCUCGCCGUUGUCGUUUUGCAGGGUCUCCGGAGCCGUGAGCGACGCCCCGCUCCAUAG